CGGAGAUUUUGAGAACAAGGGAGAAUUGGAAAAAAUUCUAAAAUCGAACAUUUUUUGCAAGUUUAUUAAUUUCCACGAAAAAUUGUACAUAAAAAUUCUAAUCACACGUAAAACAUUAUAGAAAUGUCGCAAGUUGAUGUGAAGCGAGCAUUUAACAAAAUGAAACACGAUUUGGAGCCAUGGCGUAACCUGAUUGUACUGGUUGACAGUGUAUUAAACUGGGAAAGGAAUUAUUAUCCAGCUGCUCUAUUUGGCGGCAUCACAUCAUUCUAUUUGCUGUUAUGGGUUCUGCAAUUAUCUGUGGUUACCAUGUUAGCAAUAACGGGCUUAUUUGGUGUACUAUUCGAUUAUCUAUAUCCCUCCGUAAAGCGUAUGUUUUUUAAUAUCGAUAAUUGGAGUGGCGACCAAGAGGCUCAAUUUGAACGUAUUGUAAAUGAAUUAACGAAUAUCAAUUUACAAAUAAUGGCCUGGUAUGAUUAUUUGUUUAUUAAUAAGGAACGUAAAUCGUGUAUGUUUGUUAUUGCCAUGAGUGGUAUGUUGUUGACGUUGGCUUGGAUUGGCGCCAUAUUUAACAACAUGCUACUAAUGUACUUGGUGACAAUAAGUGUGGUCAUGUACCCGGGCGUACAAAAUAGAGGUCUUUUAACACAUUUUAAAGAUAAAUUCGGUUCUAGCUUAACCAACAAAAUGGAAAAGUUACGUGAAUUGGCAAAAAAACAAGAAUAAGUGAAUGAAUGUUUCAAAGCUGCUUAUUAAGAAGUAAGAGAAGAUUUAAUUGAUACUCAUAGAAUCUCUUUCUAUGUCUGUGACGUUUUGUCUUUUUUUCAUUUAAUAAUAAAUUUAAUGCCAUCUUAAAGAGUUUUCUGUGCACAUAUUUAAACAACACAAAAUGCGACCAAAGCAUAUUCAUUUACUUUUAAAUCUUAGAUAAAAAUAAGGAAUUUACCCUCUAGAUUUAUUUAAAAAGGAAUGAAUUUUAACUAUAUUAUUUUGUGAGUUACAAAAAAUUGUGCAGUUAUUAGUUUUAGAAGUUAAAUUUUUUGUAGAUUUUUAGAUUUUUAAGUUUUAUUAUAUGGAUUUUUUAUACAA